AUGCGGCGAACGCUGCUCCCCCUGCUCCCUCCACCCGCCGGCGGCAAACAGGCGCCCGAUGUUGACGAAUGUGUUGAUGGGACUGACAACUGCCACAUUGAUGCCAUCUGCCAGAACACUCCCAAAUCAUACAAGUGCAUCUGCAAAUCUGGCUAUACCGGGGAUGGGAAACACUGCAAAGAUGUUGAUGAAUGUGAGCGUGAUGACAAUGCUGGCUGUGUCCAUGAAUGUGUCAAUAUUCCAGGGAAUUAUCGAUGUACCUGCUAUGAUGGCUUCCGACUGGCACAUGAUGGCCAUAACUGCCUUGAUGUGGAUGAGUGUGCGGAGGGGAAUGGUGGCUGCCAGCAGACCUGUGUCAACAUGAUGGGGAGCUAUGAGUGCCACUGCCGUGAUGGAUUUUUCCUGAGUGAUAACCAGCAUACCUGCAUCCAGCGCCCAGAAGAAGGAAUGAACUGUAUGAACAAGAACCAUGGUUGUGCUCACAUCUGUCGGGAGACCCCCAAAGGUGGGAUUGCCUGUGAAUGCAGACCUGGCUUUGAGCUCACCAAGAACCAACGAGACUGCAAGUUAACCUGUAACUAUGGUAACGGAGGAUGUCAGCACACUUGUGAUGAUACAGAUCAAGGACCAAAGUGUGGUUGCCAUGUCAAGUUUAUACUACAUUCUGAUGGGAAGACAUGCAUAGAGACUUGUGCUGUCAACAAUGGAGGCUGUGACAGUAAAUGCCAUGAUGCAGCUACUGGUGUGCACUGUAGCUGCCCAAUGGGAUUCAUGCUGCAACCUGACAGGAAAACAUGUAAAGAUAUUGAUGAAUGCCGGUUGAACAAUGGUGGCUGUGACCACAUCUGCAGAAACACAGUGGGAAGUUUUGAGUGCAGUUGUAAAAAGGGAUAUAAGCUAUUGAUAAAUGAAAGGACCUGUCAAGAUAUCGAUGAAUGUUCCUUUGAUAGAACGUGUGACCACAUCUGCAUAAACACACCAGGGAGCUUCCAGUGCCUGUGUCACAAAGGCUAUACGCUGUAUGGGCUUACCCACUGUGGAGACAUUGAUGAAUGUAGCAUCAACCGAGGAGGUUGCAAGUUUGGCUGUAUAAACACCCCUGGCAGCUAUGAAUGUACCUGCCCUGCUGGCUGCAAACUCCACUGGAAUAAAAAGGAUUGUAUAGAGCUAGUAAUAUGUUUGGAUGGUGCACUAUCUCCCCGGGCCACACUUACCUGCAACAAGAAUGGGAAGAAGGAUAGCUGCUCUCUCACCUGUGCCCCCAAGGCUCGUUUUCUGCCAGAGUCUGACAACAGCUAUACAGUGAGCUGUGGGACUCCAGUUCUGCGACAGGGAAUUCCACAAAGGUCCAGUAAUGGCAGUUAUCCCUGUGUUGAGACUGUCGCUGCACCAAUCAAACAAAAGACUUCCUUCAAGAUCAAGGAUGCCAAAUGCCACCUGCACCCACGGAUUAAAGGCAAGCAGGAUGAGAUGGGCAGAAAUGGUGCCCCAGCUGGGGCAACCCCAUGCUCAGAUUGCCAGGUGACUUUUGUGAACCUAAAGUGCGACUCGUCAAAGAAAGGCAAAGGACGCCGGGCUCGCAACUCUCCUAACAAGGAGGUGACUCGCAUCACACUGGAGUUUGAAGCUGAAAUCAAACCUGAAGAGAUCACAGCCAGCUGCAAUCUGAACUGCGUGCGACAGAAGGUGGAGAAAAAACUGAAGUCAGCAAUCAAAGCCCUGAAGAAAUCUAUCAACCAGGAAAGGUUCCUGAUCCGCUUUUCAGGAAUGGAGUAUGAAUUGGCCCGGAAACUGAGCUUGGCUUCUGAGAGGCAGGAAAGUUGUGGGCCAGGACAACAGAGACUGGGAUCCAAGUGUGUUAGCUGCCUGCAAGGAACAUAUUACCACGGCCAGAUGGAACAGUGCAUCCCUUGCCCUCCAGGGACCUACCAGGAGAAAGAAGGCCAGCUCUCCUGUGACCUUUGCCCUGGAAGUGAUGCUUAUGGGCCAGCUGGAGCAACAAAUAUAAGCAGUUGUGCAGGUCAAUGUCCCCCUGGCCAGUACUCUGUGGAUGGCUUCAAACCGUGCCAGCUCUGUCCACGUGGCACCUACCAGCCAGAAGCUGGGCGAGCUUUGUGCUUCCACUGUGGUGGAGGGCUGACCACCAAACAUGAGGGAGCAUUUUCCUUCCAGGACUGUGACACUAAAGUUCAGUGCUCCCCAGGCCAUUACUAUAAUACCAGUGUCCAUCGCUGCAUCCGUUGUGCUGUAGGCACCUACCAACCAGACUUCCGCCAAAACUACUGCAUUACAUGCCCUGGGAAUACCACCACAGACUUCGAUGGCUCGACCUCAGUAUCACAAUGCAAAAAUCGUCAGUGUGGAGGGGAGCUGGGUGAAUAUACUGGUUAUAUUGAGUCUCCCAACUAUCCUGGCAACUACCCUGCAAAUGUGGAAUGCACAUGGAAUAUCAACCCACCACCAAAGCGCAAGAUCCUAAUUGUGGUGCCUGAAAUCUUCCUGCCAUCUGAAGAUGAAUGUGGGGAUGUCCUAGUCAUGCGGAAAAACUCCUCUCCCUCCUCCAUCACCACAUAUGAGACAUGCCAGACUUAUGAGAGGCCUAUAGCUUUCACUGCAAGGUCCCGAAAGCUGUGGAUCAACUUCAAAACUAGUGAAGCCAACAGCGCCCGAGGCUUCCAGAUCCCCUAUGUCACGUAUGAUGAGGAUUAUGAACAGCUGGUGGAGGACAUUGUACGGGAUGGCAGGCUAUAUGCAUCUGAAAAUCAUCAGGAAAUACUGAAGGACAAGAAGCUGAUCAAGGCUUUCUUUGAUGUGCUGGCUCACCCACAAAACUAUUUUAAGUACACAGAGAAGCACAAGGAGAUGCUGCCACGUUCGUUCAUCAAACUCCUCCGCUCCAAAGUUUCCAGCUUUCUCAGGCCUUACAAAUAGCCUUGUGGUGCUUUCGCUAGCCUUCCAGGCUCCUCCACAGCCAAGAAAACUUUCUCUUACACUUACUCUUAUUUUUCAAUGACUUUUGUUACAAAUACAAUCCUCCCCCCCAUCUCUCACUAUGCAGAUAACUGUAACCUCGGCUUUUCUUCAGACCCAGAUUCACUGAUGAUGUUGACCAGCAGCCAUACGAAACUGAAUCCCAUCCCCUGUACUUUCAGUACUGGAGUCACAGCCUACAGAGAUCGCAUAUUCCAGUCAGUGAUGCACUCUCCUCAAGUGGCCUCUGCUGGGACCUGUAACUUCAGCCUUCUCCCAUAUAUGCAAGUCAUGUGCAGCCCCUUGCACUGCAGGGCAGCUGCGAAAGAGGCCAUUUGGGUACACCUCUGUGCACGACUCUUUGUUUGCAAAAAGAAAUACCCCCUGCUUCCAUAUCAUGCCUGUGACUCUGGAACACAGAUGAAAUGUGGACUUUUAGCAGCUGUUAAGUGAUCAAAUUGGUCCAGCUGAACUCUUUUGUAAAGAACUGAAGGCAGAGGACAAGAAAGGUUAUGCCUUAUCAAACUGUUGUGGUUUUUAAAGAAAAAAAAGUAAAUCAAGCACAGUCUUGCAGACAGGAUCCAAGGAAAAACAUUAAAAAUUGUUGGGAGAAAGAUUAUAUACAAAAAUGAAAAGUCAUAGCUAAGAUGUGUGAAAGAAAAUGGCCUGUGGUUGGGAUGGCAGUUUUGGUGGCUUAGGAGGGCGUUACGUGAUAGACUUUUUUGAAUUGGAAGAAAACAUUGGCCUAGCCGCAUUUCUAUAUCGGAUGAUGUCUGGAAAAAGGGGAGGAGAACUUGGUGAAAAGUGAGACUUUCUGAUAUGAUUUCUCCCUGAUGGACACUCGCAUGAAGAGACCAGACUUCUUAUGAGCUCUGCCAAAGAGUAAUUUGAUGACAAAUAAAAGCAAGCGGUGUGAAGGGCAGGAGUGAGUGAAUGUUUGUGCACUAGGAUGUUCUCCUUUCUACCUUUUUCAUAUUAUUAAGUGCAAUCAUUUUGAGUUGUCUUUAUAUUAUUUAGAGGGAAGUUUUUUUCUACUAGAAAUUACAAUAUUUAUACCUGCCUGAGAAAAAGAGAAUGUGUGUGCGUGCGUGCAUGUGUUUAUAAAAAUGAAACAGAAAAGAACACAAGCAAGGAUCGGGAGAAUUAUGACUAAAUGUGACUUAAGUUUUCAGCUCUUGGAAUCUUUUGUUUUCCUCACCACAGUAAAAUCUAGGCUAAAUCUUGAAGAUGGAGCUCCUUGAUUAUCCUGUGACCACACUGAAACUAUAGACGACAUGGGAUGAAUAUUUCCCAUCUGACUGGAAGUUAUGUUUUGGCCACAAGCACUGCUUGGGAGCCAAUGCAAAUGUUACCAAAGGCAAGUCUUCAUGUCAGAGAUCACAUGUUGGAAUCAUUCCCCAGUUUAAAUUCUCCAACCAUGAGUCAGGUUGGUUCUGUGGGGGUGGGGGGAAUGUAGUCUAACCUUUCUUCUUUCUGAUUAGUUUUGCAUAGGCAGGGAGAUUUUGAUGUGGAGUGAAUUCAGACCUGAGAUCUUCCAUAUAUAUAUUGAGGUUAUUUAGGGUUGGAUCCAGCCAGCUUUUUCACCCAGUUUCAGUCACCUCCCUUCCUUAUUACACCAUGAGUCCCAUAUGACUUUUUAUCCAUGCAGGCCCCAUCAUUCCCAGCAUAGCCUUUUUUUUUUUUUGGUAAUCUAUUUUUACCAAAGGAAAAGUUGAUAGAAUCCAACCUACAUGUUUCAGUAGUCUCUGAUUUCUAACAGGAGAAGUGGUAGGGCUCAGGCCUCCCUGGAAAUCUUGUCCUCUCCUUUGAACGCUCUUUCCCCUAAUCCUAGAGCUGUAGUGGUUGGUCCUCUAUGCAGAAGAAAAUGCUCUCUGCACAUAUUCAAAGGCAUGCUUGUAUUCCCAUGUUCCAAGGCUGAGCCCAGCAUCAAACACAAGUUUUGGAUGAGCCUUGCCUGAUACUUUCCUGACUAGUGUUUCUCCUUUGCCAGAUUAAAAUAUCCCUACCUAAAGUCCCUUGCUUCAGUGCAAAUACUAGUGGUGAAAUCCCAGUUAAUAUCAAUGUAACUGUUGCCUUCUCUGAGCCAUGGCCUAAAAUUAACAAUCAGAACUGUAAUCUAAAUGCCUACAAUUCUGCACUUGGAUCAGAUCAUCUCCAUUUGCUGUACUGGAAUUUGAUGCUUCCCUGCUUGUCAGGAUUUGCUGUUCCUCCCUUUUAGGCUGAUACUGAAUCAGAAUCAGCUUCACUAAAUGCACUGGGAUCAUUUCAGCAUUGAAGUAUUACUUUAGCAUUGAAGAAAUGCCUCUGAGAUAAGCAUGAUUAUUGUACUUGAGUACUUCGGAACUCAUCACAGCAGCUAAGCUAUGAUAUGUGGCACUAAUUUGAUCAGAUUCAGCGUAUACCUACCAUAUUACAUGCAUUUGUUUAAAUUUGGGGGGUAUUGUUUACCAUAAGAGAAUACAGAAGACGUGGAACCAGAAUCUGGGGCAGCUCUGGAGGCAAAAUUUGAGUUCAAUGCAGCUUAAAAAUUCAACCAGAUUUUUUUCUAGCUGGAUCCCUAGUUUCAAUUUUGUCCUUCUCAAAACCUAGAAAAUAAAAAGGUUUGAAAAGCUGAAAAUUCCAUCUCAACAUAGGAAAUGCAACCAUUUUGAAACAACAGAGCUGAAAUAUUUAUACCUGCAUUUGUGCAGUAUGCCACAAUACAGUCUUCUGCAAAAUAAUGAUUAAAUGAUGAAAAAGGUGUAGUCCAUAAAGUUAUUUGCACUUGAUAAAAGAAAUUGUAUCUGAACUUGUAAAAAGAAAAAGUUUGCAUUUCAUAUUGUCUUUUUUUUAAUUAUUAAAUGGAAUUUCUUGGUGUU